AGUCGUGUUUUUAUGGACUCCUCUGUGGUUCCACAUUUGUGUUUCUCUCUCAGAUUUCCCUGCAAACUUUGAAGAUGGAAACUACAACCUUUGAUUAUGAAGAGAGUAAUUACAGCGACGACCCAGUGGGUCUGAUCACGCCAUGUCGCAGGGACGAGGACAACAGUCUGGGAGCGAACCUCUCCGUCCUUUACUACUUCAUGUUUCUCUUCAGUGUCUUUGGAAACGGGCUGGUUCUGGUCAUCAUCCAUCGGUUUGAGAAGCUGACGACUGUGACCAACAUCCUGCUGCUGAACCUGGUCUUCUCCUCCCUGAUCUUCAUGGGCAGCCUUCCCUUCAUGGCAGCGUACAUGCAGCUCUCCACCUGGAUCUUCGGAAAGGUCAUGUGUAAGAUGGUGGGCAGCGUCUACUACCUGGGCUUCUACAGCUCCGUGCUCUUCCUCACCCUUCUGACCUUUGACCGACACCUGGCUGUGGUUUACUCGUUGGACGCGGCGCGGGUGAGGAACAGAGGAUAUGCAGUCACCUCCUGUGCUGUGGUGUGGCUCAUCAGCAGCCUGGCGUGCAUCAAACCCAUGAUUCUCCACAACACUUAUUUUUAUUCUAUCGACAACAAAACCUACUGUGACGAGUAUCCGGGCGAUUUGCCCAAUAUUAAUGUGCGUCACCUGAGGACGUGCGGCUUUUACAUUCAGCUGUUCCUGUUCUUGGUCUUCCCUCUGGUCGUCAUCGUCUACUGUUACGUUAGGAUUGCGAUCACAGUGCUGUCGUCCAGGAUCGUUACCAAGUUCAAGACCGUCAGGCUGAUUUUGGUCAUUGUCAUUUUGUUUUUCCUGUGCUGGACUCCGUUCAACAUCGUCCUGCUGAUGGACGACAAAUCCUGUGAGGAAGCGCAGAGGCGGGGCUACGCGCUUCACAUCACCCGUAACUUUGCCUACAUUUACUUCUGUUUCAGUCCCAUCUUCUACACAUUUGUGGGGAAAAAGUUCCAGAACUACUUCAGACAGAUGCUGGUGAAGCGUUUCCCGGGGUUAAAGUUUCACAUCGCUGUCACUCAAAACAGCAGAAACAACAUGUCAUCAAAUAAUUCACCAAAUGACCUUUAGGAACGGGACGCACUGAGACAGUCGGACAGGAAAGACUCCACUCAGGUCCGUUUCAUGUGAACAUAUCAUUUCUAACAGUAUCUGUAGUGAAGGACACAGUUUGGUGGCGUCCUGUGAAAAUGAUCUAGUCUCAUUUUAAAAUGUGUGCACUUUUUCAGCCUAAAAACCCAAAUGAGUCCUAAGAUAAGUUGUGUUUCUAAGCUGUGGCAGAAACUAAGCCAACAGCCCAGUGGAAGCUGCUCCGUGACAAACAGCACGAGAGACGAGGAAAAGCAUCGAGGCUUCAGCAGAAAGUCAUGCUUUGACCUUUGACCUGGUUUGUAACGCUGCAGCCGCACACACUGUAUGUGAUGAAGUGACGCCAAACUCAACUUCACUUAUUAUCAAUUUACUGCAUUCUCUACGCAACAAUAUUUUACAACCACAUUAAGAGACAAACUGUAAAUCAUCACUUUUAUUCAGAUAUUUUCACUUUCAUCAUGUGACCUUCAUCCAAAAAACAUCCAGUCAGUAAAAAGUGGAUCAAACACAAGUGAUUUUUGCAUAAUUAUGACGAGAGUGAGUGACGAUCUACUCUGGA